AUGGGCGAACGAGUCGCAGAGGAAACAACUCGAUAUGUGAUGGAGAGUAUUAUUGUUCGGGAAGAUGACCUCAUUUUAAACAGCGCGGCUGAUGAAGAGGAUUUUUAUGAUGAGGCAAGGAGAAAAAGGCAACGAGAAGGCAAGGAGAAAAAGGCAACGAGAAGGCAAGGAGAAAAAGGCAACGAGAAGGCAAGGAGAAAAAGGCAACGAGAAGGCAAGGAGAAAAAGGCAACGAGAAGGCAAGGAGAAAAAGGCAACGAGAAGGCAAGGAGAAAAAGGCAACGAGAAGGCAAGGAGAAAAAGGCAACGAGAAGGCAAGGAGAAAAAGGCAACGAGAAGGCAAGGAGAAAAAGGCAACGAGAAGGCAAGGAGAAAAAGGCAACGAGAAGGCAAGGAGAAAAAGGCAACGAGAAGGCAAGGAGAAAAAGGCAACGAGAAGGCAAGGAGAAAAAGGCAACGAGAAGGCAAGGAGAAAAAGGCAACGAGAAGGCAAGGAGAAAAAGGCAACGAGAAGGCAAGGAGAAAAAGGCAACGAGAAGGCAAGGAGAAAAAGGCAACGAGAAGGCAAGGAGAAAAAGGCAACGAGAAGGCAAGGAGAAAAAGGCAACGAGAAGGCAAGGAGAAAAAGGCAACGAGAAGGCAAGGAGAAAAAGGCAACGAGAAGGCAAGGAGAAAAAGGCAACGAGAAGGCAAGGAGAAAAAGGCAACGAGAAGGCAAGGAGAAAAAGGCAACGAGAAGGCAAGGAGAAAAAGGCAACGAGAAGGCAAGGAGAAAAAGGCAACGAGAAGGCAAGGAGAAAAAGGCAACGAGAAGGCAAGGAGAAAAAGGCAACGAGAAGGCAAGGAGAAAAAGGCAACGAGAAGGCAAGGAGAAAAAGGCAACGAGAAGGCAAGGAGAAAAAGGCAACGAGAAGGCAAGGAGAAAAAGGCAACGAGAAGGCAAGGAGAAAAAGGCAACGAGAAGGCAAGGAGAAAAAGGCAACGAGAAGGCAAGGAGAAAAAGGCAACGAGAAGGCAAGGAGAAAAAGGCAACGAGAAGGCAAGGAGAAAAAGGCAACGAGAAGGCAAGGAGAAAAAGGCAACGAGAAGGCAAGGAGAAAAAGGCAACGAGAAGGCAAGGAGAAAAAGGCAACGAGAAGGCAAGGAGAAAAAGGCAACGAGAAGGCAAGGAGAAAAAGGCAACGAGAAGGCAAGGAGAAAAAGGCAACGAGAAGGCAAGGAGAAAAAGGCAACGAGAAGGCAAGGAGAAAAAGGCAACGAGAAGGCAAGGAGAAAAAGGCAACGAGAAGGCAAGGAGAAAAAGGCAACGAGAAGGCAAGGAGAAAAAGGCAACGAGAAGGCAAGGAGAAAAAGGCAACGAGAAGGCAAGGAGAAAAAGGCAACGAGAAGGCAAGGAGAAAAAGGCAACGAGAAGGCAAGGAGAAAAAGGCAACGAGAAGGCAAGGAGAAAAAGGCAACGAGAAGGCAAGGAGAAAAAGGCAACGAGAAGGCAAGGAGAAAAAGGCAACGAGAAGGCAAGGAGAAAAAGGCAACGAGAAGGCAAGGAGAAAAAGGCAACGAGAAGGCAAGGAGAAAAAGGCAACGAGAAGGCAAGGAGAAAAAGGCAACGAGAAGGCAAGGAGAAAAAGGCAACGAGAAGGCAAGGAGAAAAAGGCAACGAGAAGGCAAGGAGAAAAAGGCAACGAGAAGGCAAGGAGAAAAAGGCAACGAGAAGGCAAGGAGAAAAAGGCAACGAGAAGGCAAGGAGAAAAAGGCAACGAGAAGGCAAGGAGAAAAAGGCAACGAGAAGGCAAGGAGAAAAAGGCAACGAGAAGGCAAGGAGAAAAAGGCAACGAGAAGGCAAGGAGAAAAAGGCAACGAGAAGGCAAGGAGAAAAAGGCAACGAGAAGGCAAGGAGAAAAAGGCAACGAGAAGGCAAGGAGAAAAAGGCAACGAGAAGGCAAGGAGAAAAAGGCAACGAGAAGGCAAGGAGAAAAAGGCAACGAGAAGGCAAGGAGAAAAAGGCAACGAGAAGGCAAGGAGAAAAAGGCAACGAGAAGGCAAGGAGAAAAAGGCAACGAGAAGGCAAGGAGAAAAAGGCAACGAGAAGGCAAGGAGAAAAAGGCAACGAGAAGGCAAGGAGAAAAAGGCAACGAGAAGGCAAGGAGAAAAAGGCAACGAGAAGGCAAGGAGAAAAAGGCAACGAGAAGGCAAGGAGAAAAAGGCAACGAGAAGGCAAGGGGAAAAAGGCAACGAGAAGGCAAGGGGAAAAAGGCAACGAGAAGGCAAGGGGAAAAAGGCAACGAGAAGGCAAGGGGAAAAAGGCAACGAGAAGGCAAGGGGAAAAAGGCAACGAGAAGGCAAGGAGAAAAAGGCAACGAGAAGGCAAGGAGAAAAAGGCAACGAGAAGGCAAGGAGAAAAAGGCAACGAGAAGGCAAGGAGAAAAAGGCAACGAGAAGGCAAGGAGAAAAAGGCAACGAGAAGGCAAGGAGAAAAAGGCAACGAGAAGGCAAGGAGAAAAAGGCAACGAGAAGGCAAGGAGAAAAAGGCAACGAGAAGGCAAGGAGAAAAAGGCAACGAGAAGGCAAGGAGAAAAAGGCAACGAGAAGGCAAGGAGAAAAAGGCAACGAGAAGGCAAGGAGAAAAAGGCAACGAGAAGGCAAGGAGAAAAAGGCAACGAGAAGGCAAGGAGAAAAAGGCAACGAGAAGGCAAGGAGAAAAAGGCAAUGAGAAGGCAAGGAGAAAAAGGCAAUGAGAAGGCAAGGAGAAAAAGGCAAUGA